AUCCGCCAUCCCGGAGCGGAAGUGCACGAGCGCGGAUGUGGAAGUUCAGUACAGUGUGAGGAGUCGGUGGCAGCGGGCGCGCGCGGGGGAACAGCCGAGUGAUUUCCAUCAGGUACGGAGCAGGUGAGGCGCGCGGACAGGAAUGUCUGAGGCUAGUCUCGAGUCACAGAGGAACCUAUCAGUCCCUCAGGAAGAGGUUCUGAGUGAUAUGGACAAGUGUGUGAGCCAAUCAGAGAGCAUCACUGAUGACACGCACAUGACUGAGAUCAACAUUAAUGACUGUAGCAGGGCUGAACAUCUCAGCCAUGUGCGUCAUGGUGAGGAGGAAGAGGAUGAUGAUGAUGAAAGCCAUCAGGAUGCAGUAAUGCAGAACUGCAGCACUAAUGACAGAGUUCAUACAGUCACUAAAGAGAACUCUGAUCCCAGAUCAGCUGCUCCUGAAACUUCUCAGAGUUUAAAGGAGGUCAUGGCAGAUGAGGCCUGCAGAAGUCCAGCUGCAGAGCUGUCAGUCAGCAGUAAUGGAGACCCGGGUGGAGACAUGUUCCAGGGUGACGUGUCACAUGAUUCUUCACGUGGACCAAUCACAUCACACAUCCACAGUACACCAGAGCAGGAUGUGACUGAGGGCAUGGCUACAGUCGGACCAUUUACAGGUUCAGUGACGGAACAGUCUAGCGGAGGCGCUGUGGUCCUCGCUGAUGACAUGAGAAACCCGGCGAUGGAGAAACUUGAGCUGGUCAGAAAGUGGAGCAUUAACACUUACAAAUGCACUAAGCAGAUCCUGUCGGAGAAGCUGGGCCGUGGUUCCCGCACUGUGGAUCUGGAGCUGGAGGCUCGUAUCGACGUGCUGCGUGAUAAUAAGCGUAAAUACGAGCAGGUGGUGAAGCUGGCACAGACGCUGGCCAGUCAGCUCGCACAGAUGAUGCAGACUCAGCGCCAGCUUGGGGAUGCCUUCGCUGACCUCAGCCUCAAAACACCUGAACUACACGAGGAGUUUGGCUACAAUGCUGACACUCAGAAGCUCCUGUCUAAAAACGGUGAGACUCUUUUAGGGGCCAUCAACUUCUUCAUCUCCAGCGUCAACACUCUGCUGGACAAAACCAUUGAGGACACCAUGAUCAACAUCAAACAGUACGAAGCAGCUAGGAUCGAAUAUGAUGCGUAUCGUACAGAUCUGGAGGAAUUGAAUCUCGGCCCGCGUGAUGCCACCACUCUGCCCAAGAUCGAACAGUCUCAGAUCCGCUUCCAGCUCCACCGAGAAAAAUAUGAAAAGAUGCGCAAUGACGUCUCCGUUAAACUCAAGUUCCUGGAGGAGAAUAAGGUGAAGGUUCUCCACAAUCAGCUGAUCCUGUUCCACAAUGCCAUCGCUGCAUAUUUUGCUGGAAACCAGCAGCACCUGGAGCAAACUCUCAAACAAUUCCACAUCAAACUGAAGAUGCCUGGUGCAGACACGCCCUCCUGGUUAGAGGAACACUGAGAGGAACUCCUAAACUAAAGCCCCCUCCAAAGGUCCUGCACAUGGUUUUGUUUCUAGAGAGGAAGCAGGAAGUUCACGCGCUCCUCAAAUAGUAAAAAUCUCUAAACUGCUUUUUCUUCUUGAUGUUUUUCUGUUUUUUUUUUCUACUCAGUGACACUAAAGCUGUUCAAAGUUACGUUUGGAGUACAAAGAAAGCCUAAGACCAGAUGUUUUCACUUUUAGUUCCACAGCUGGGGUUUUGAGUGAGUGUUCAUCUGGGAGGAGAAGUUUUGGAGAAAAUCAGACAUGCACUUUAAUAAUGUCAUGAAACAGGACAAGUCAGAUCUUUUUUAUAAAAACAGGAGGAAAUUCCACUGAAUGUAAACCAAAGGGUUAAAAACAUCCAAAUGGUGGUGAUGACCAGAGCUCUGGUUCUUCUGCCUUCCUUCUGAACCCCUGUGAUGUCUCUUUCAGAGUCUCCAGGUCCUCACCACAGUGUGUGUGUUUUUAUGAAGACCUGAGGGAAAAAUCCGACACUUUAUAUUUCAUAUGAAUUUCUUCACAUGAAUGUUUUCACUCCAUAAUGUGCCUUUUCUCUCUCCAGCAAACAGCUAAGCAAAAACCACACAGGUGUGUCACUGCUCUGCUGUGGACCAACACACACACACACACACACACCAGCACAUGUGUGUAUGUGUACAUUAUUCAUGUGUAACUGAAAGGAGCUGCUUGUUACGAUGAUAAUCCCGUCACACUCUUCAUCUCCAUUCCACAUUAUAAAGUGUUUCAAUGCUGUGUAUGAACCUGAACUGUUCCUGAACUGUUCCUGAUAAGUGAGUUCCUUCUGCGUCUGUCUGGAACACGUCUGGGUGCAGGAAUUCUGUGCAUUUUUGUUUUCUUUCUGUAAUAUUGAUCCUGUCUUUCCUCUACAUUUUUAUAAACCUCCCAAACUUCA